GAUGGCGCACCGAACUUGUAAACUGCGUAUGCCGAACUGACGUUUUUGGUUAUUUUUGUUCUCGCCUCGUGUUUACUUUAGUGUCUAAUUUCGAUUCUAUUGCGAAAAUUCUGUUGUGCAACACUAGAAAGGUUAAUAAUUUGUCUAUAGACGGCAUAACUGUGCGGCAUAGUAUCGAUCGGUAGUUCCGGACUAGGUAUAUGUAUACAGUUUAUCACGUGGUGGUGUGGUGGUUUAUAUAAUUCUUGUUUACCGCACAAGUCGAAACUUUGCGCAUGUGCGUCCCGUCUGUAACCUCAAAUUGUAGAGUAGGCACUGAUUCGGCAGGUUCCGGAUAUCCGGGUCGGGACGCAGAGGUGGCGGUUCUCACGGCUGGUUUGUGAUGUGCCCUCGUGCUAGGCGUUCACGCCCCGCGAAACAGCGUUGGUGAUACGAUACGAGCGCGCCUGACAUGGCCCAGACUCAGUUCACGCGAAGCUCUGAGAGCGACGCAUGGGCGCUUCUGUCCCUGAAGUCGGCGCCCCCGUCGCCGUCCAAAGUGCAGUGGGCCCAGGAGCCGGCUUCAAUUGCGAUCGCGCGCCUGAACGGCCGGGACUUCGAGUACUUUAUCCGGCAGAAGCGCGUUGUGAUCGGGCGUAACUCGAGCCGCGGUCAAGUGGAUGUGAACAUGGGACAUAGUAGUUUCAUAUCGCGGCGUCACUUGGAGUUGUUAUUCGACCACCCGGAGUUCUAUCUCACGUGCAACAGCAAGAAUGGAGUGCUGGUGGACGGAGUAUUUCAGAGGAAGGGCGCCGCGGCCAUGCUGUUGCCAAAAAGAUGCACCCUUCGUUUCCCCUCGACGAACAUCCGCCUGGAGUUCCAAUCCUUGGUGGAGGAGAGCGGCGUCGGCGGAGCGACAGGACCUCCGCUGCCGCCGCUCAGAAUCACCAUACCCAUGGAGAAUGACGGGAGAAGUCCUGCACCUUCCCCUACUGGAACAAUAAGUGCAGCAAACAGUUGCCCGACCUCGCCACGUGGCGCCGGCUCGUCGGGGAGACGCCACGCGGACCUGGGUCUCGUGGCUCAGUACGCGGCGUUGGCCGACCAACAGAGACCCUCGUCAAAUGGGACAGCUGUGUCGUCAACGACUACGGAGUCAGGUUACGGCAGCAGCCGCAACUCUGGCGAGGCCCGUGACGAUGCGAAACCUCCGUACAGCUACGCGCAGCUCAUCGUGCAAGCUGUGGCUUCGGCCCCGGACAAGCAGCUGACCCUUAGCGGCAUCUACAGCUAUAUCACCAAGCAUUACCCGUACUACCGCACCGCGGAUAAAGGCUGGCAGAAUUCCAUUCGCCACAACUUGUCUCUCAAUAGAUACUUCAUCAAAGUCCCACGCAGCCAGGAGGAGCCCGGCAAGGGCAGCUUCUGGCGCAUCGACCCGCAGUCCGAGGGGAAGCUCAUCGAGCAGGCAUUCCGCCAGCGGAGGCCGCGCGGAGUUCAGUUCCGGGCGCCGUUCGGGCUGUCAUCCAGGAGCGCCCCCACGUCGCCGUCGCAGGUGGGCGUGUCGGGGCUGGUGACGCCCGAGGAGCUGUCGCGGGAGCCCACGCCCGACCUGCUGCCCGCCGACGACCACGACCACCAGGGCGGGCAGGCGCGGCUGAGCAGCGGCGGCCAGUCGGCACAGUACCUGUUCCCGCAGCGCAGCGGGGUGUCGCAGAGCGCUCCCGGAUCACCUGGUCACGGUCUGUCGUACAGUUCUGGCGGGCUGGUGGUGGCGGGGCAUCAGAUCACGGUCGUCACAAACGGCGCUGGCGGAGAACGGGAAGAGAAGUACGUGGUGGGCACCAGUUCUGUGGGUAACCUGGUCUCAAUUCAAGAGGAGGAACCUUCCAACGUGGUCAUACAACAUUCGCCGUAUUACAGCGGUUCGUACGGCGGCAACAACGGCGCGGGCGCGGGCGCCGGCUCGGACGACUGCGGGGAGAUGCUCGACUCGCAGCCGCCGCACAAGCGACUCCGGAAACAUCAGAUAUCGGAGCUGGAGGAGCGGCGCGCAUAUUGACGGCCCGCGCCUUCGCUCGCGUGAGGCGGCGCGCGCGCAGGGAGGGGGGGAGGGGGGGAGGAGGAGGGAGGGGGGGGGG